CCUCGUGAAUUCCACGCCCCCUUCCUUUCUUCUUCUUCUUCUUCUCCGUUGGAAGCAAUUUGUCUUUGGUCAAAGACAUUGAUUCCCUCAAUCUCUUGCAAAUUUCAAAGCUCCUAGAUCCCCAGUUUCUCUUCAGAGUUUUCAGACAUCACCCGGUCGUGAGGUAGGUAGCUCUCUCUCUCUCUCUCUCACUGGUGAUAAUGGCUAGCAAUGAGAUGGAGAAAUCUAGUAAAGAGAAGGAACCUACAACGCCUCCUCCUCCUCCUCCCUCUUCACAGGAGCCUUCCUCGGCUGUGAGUGCUGGCAUGGCUACUCCUGAUUGGUCUGGCUUUCAGGCAUAUUCUCCUAUGCCGCCUCAUGGGUUUGUGGCUUCAAGUCCACAACCUCACCCUUAUAUGUGGGGGGUUCAGCAUAUGAAUAUGAUGCCUCCUUAUGGAACUCCACCUCAUCCUUAUGUUGCAAUGUAUCCCCCAGGUGGCAUGUACGGGCAUCCUUCAAUGCCUCCGGGAUCUUAUCCAUAUAGCCCCUAUACUAUGCCUUCUCCCAAUGGAAUGACCGAAGCUUCUGGGAAUACUACAGGCGGCACUGAGGGUGGUGAUGCUAAACAAUCCGAAGUGAAGGAAAAAUUGCCUAUCAAAAGAUCAAGAGGAAGCUUGGGAAGUUUGAACAUGAUUACAGGAAAGAACAAUGAGCCUGGGAAAAACUCAGGAGCAUCAGCUAAUGGAGCUUACUCUAAAAGUGGAGAGAGUGUUUCUGAUGGUUCAAGUGAAGGAAGUGAUGCGAACUCUCAAAAUGGCUCGGGAUCUGGACAAGAGGGGAGGGAUGAGAAUGGUGAUUCUGCUAAUGCCCCCCGGAAUGGUACACCUGUGAGUCAGACCGUGCCAAUCAUGCCAAUGCCAGCUGCAGGCCCACCAACGAAUUUAAACAUUGGGAUGGAAUAUUGGGGCGCUCCUACUUCAGCAGCUAUCCCUGGAAUGCACGGGAAAGCAUCUGCACCUGUUCCUGGAGUCGCUGCUCCAGUCUCUCGAGAUGGUGGCCAUUCACAACCCUGGUUGCAGGACGAUAGAGAAAUUAAGCGACAGAAGCGGAAGCAGUCCAAUAGGGAGUCUGCUCGAAGAUCUAGAUUGCGUAAACAGGCGGAAUGUGAUGAACUGGCACAACGAGCUGAGUUGCUGAAUGAAGAAAACGCAACUCUCAGAGCAGAAAUCAACAGGCUCAAAAGCCAGUGCGAUGAGCUCACCUCUGAGAAUACCUCUCUCAAGGAUCAGCUUCUAUCAUUCCCUUCACUUGAAGGCAUUAACAUGGACAAGGACGACCAAGAACCAGAGACCUAUCAAACAGGCGUCACAGAGAGAAAGGCUGAUGAUACCUACAAAAGCUCAACGUGAAAGAAAAAACAUACAGCGAAAUACAGUGUUACAAAAAGUGGCAGCAGCCACAACAACAAGACUCGGCGGUUCUUUGCUAACAGAUGUUUGUAGGAUAUUAGGUAUUAGAGAUCAAUUGGUCCGGAAUAGUUUCUUAGCCCUUGUUGAAUAUGGUUGGUCCUGUCUGUGUACUACGUAAGCUACUAAAGUGGUUUGAAUCCUAGUUGCAGAAGUGUAUCUGAGGCAAUGUACUUCUUAUGUAUCCAAUAUACCAUUUUUUAAUUUAGAUUUUUUUUUUGGAAUUUCA